GUUGCAAUGGGAGCCCUGAGCUGUCAAGAGGCACAACAAACCUGGCUUUGGAUUCGCUGAUCAAGCUUUUGAAAGACACAGGGAACUCCAGAAAACGCCCUUAAAAUCUUCAGAUUUGUUUUUUUUUCUUUUCAAAAUGAGUCCACCCACAUGGUUAGGGCUGGUGUCACCCAUCAUGACCACAAGGCACCGGGUGCUGCUGGUAGCUCUCUCUGCUGAAAGAAAACGUGCAGCUUGUUCCUGAAAUUGCUAAACCCCCUUGGACCAAGACCAGCAGCAUGGAGCUGGGAGCAAUUUAUCCUUUGUCAGACUCCCCUGUCACGAAAAUGUCCCAGGCUUCCCCAGCUGACGAAGGAACAACAUUUGAACAUCUCUGGAGCACACUGGAACCGGACAGCACCUACUUUGAUCUCCCCCCAUCCAGUCAUUCAGGGAGCAGCGAAGUCUCCAACCACACUGAAGUCACAAUGGACGUCUUCCAGAUGAGAAACACAAAUGAGUCGGUCAUGACUGUUCUGACUUCUGAUGAACUGGAAAUUCCCCAAAUACCAUCCUCAAAGUGGAAAACUCAGUCCCAGUUUAAUUUGCUGAACAGCAGCAUGGAUCAGAGCAUCGGGAGCCGAGCAGCCUCCACCAGCCCUUACAACUCUGAGCACACCUCCAAUGUCCCAACGCAUUCUCCCUACUCGCAGCCCAGCUCCACCUUCGACGCCAUGUCCCCAGCUCCCGUCAUCCCCUCCAACACUGACUACCCUGGUCCCCACCACUUUGAGGUGACUUUCCAGCAAUCCAGCACGGCCAAGUCAGCCACUUGGACAUACUCCCCGCUCCUGAAGAAACUCUACUGCCAGAUUGCCAAGACAUGUCCCAUCCAGAUCAAAGUGUCCACGCCACCCCCACCAGGCACCAUCAUCCGUGCCAUGCCUGUCUACAAGAAGGCAGAGCAUGUGACCGAGGUGGUGAAGCGCUGCCCCAAUCAUGAGCUGGGCCGUGACUUCAAUGAUGGCCAGUCCGCUCCCGCGAGCCACCUCAUCCGGGUGGAGGGCAACAACCUCUCACAAUAUGUGGAUGAUCCUGUCACAGGGCGACAGAGUGUGAUGGUGCCGUACGAGCCGCCACAGGUGGGGACGGAGUUCACCACCAUUCUGUAUAACUUCAUGUGCAACAGCAGCUGCGUGGGAGGCAUGAACCGGCGCCCCAUCCUCAUCAUCAUAACCCUGGAGACAAGAGAUGGGCAGGUGCUGGGCAGGAGGUCAUUCGAGGGUCGGAUCUGCGCCUGCCCAGGCAGGGACCGGAAAGCUGAUGAAGACCACUACCGAGAGCAGCAAGCCCUGAAUGAAAGCGCAGCCAAGAACGGCAAUGCCAACAAGCGCAGUGAGUCCUGUCCCCACCAGGCCACGGCAGGCUCUUUCAAGCAGAGCCCCCAGGGGAUUCCCGCGCUGGGGGCUGGUGUCAAGAAGAGGCGGCAUGGGGAGGAGGAGAUGUAUUACGUCCCUGUCCGGGGCCGCGAGAACUUCGAGAUCCUGAUGAAAAUCAAGGAGAGCCUGGAGUUGGUGGAGCUGGUGCCACAGCAACUGGUCGACUCCUAUCGACAGCAACAGCAGCAGCUCCUGCAGCGGCAGAGUCACCUGCAGUCCCCUUCCUCUUAUGGGCCGGUCCUGUCGCCGAUGAACAAAGUGCAUGGAGGAGGCAUCAACAAGCUGCCGUCUGUCAACCAGCUGGUGGGGCAGCCCCCCCAGCACAGCUCCAAUUCUGGGCCCAACCUCGGGCCGAUGGGGCCUGGAAUGAUAAACAGUCACCCCAUGCAAGCCAAUGGAGAGAUGAAUGGAGGCCACUCAUCUCAGUCGAUGGUCUCAGGAUCCCAUUGCACACCUCCGCCGCCCUACAACCCAGACCCCAGCCUUGUCAGUUUUUUAACAGGACUGGGGUGUCCAAACUGCAUCGACUAUUUCACCUCCCAAGGGUUACAGAAUAUUUACCACCUGCAGAACCUAACCAUAGAGGAUCUCGGAGCACUGAAGAUCCCAGAGCAGUACAGGAUGAUUAUCUGGAGAGGCCUUCAGGAACUCAAGCAGAGUCACGAUUAUGGGGCCCAGCAGCUCAUCCGCUCCAGCAGCAAUGCCUCCACCAUCUCCAUCGGUAGCUCUGGCGAGCUGCAGCGACAACGCGUCAUGGAGGCAGUGCAUUUUCGUGUGCGCCACACCAUCACUAUCCCUAAUCGCAGUGGGGCCGAUGAGUGGGCGGACUUCGGCUUCGACCUCCCAGACUGCAAAUCCCGCAAACAGUCCAUAAAAGAAGAGUUCACAGAGGGAGAGAUCAACUGAAGGUCUCUGCAGGCACCGGCAGCAAGAGACCAGACACAGAGGUUUAAAGGAACAGAAAACCAAUCAUAAAAAUGGCAAAACUCUUCCAGCUUUAAGUGUGUGGAGAAAAUGCGUUCACAGUCGCAUGAGGGAACCUGGGUCUGGCCGUUGGUUAGAUGCCCUUCACAGGAGGGAAAUUCCACUGGCUUUGUGAUAGGAUCAAGGUGAGGAAAGGAGCAGCUGAGACAAAAAUAGGCACUCCAAAUAGGCUGUAGAGAUGCCACAGCUGCCUGAGGCAGAGGAAUAUUCACUUGCUAACAUACAGGGCUACCUUACAAUUUGCCGGACAGUCUUCAUAUCAAACGAAUGCAAUGUAAAAGCAAAAUGUAUUCUUAAGAACAGUCUCCUUCCUACCCUACCUCUCCCUACACCCUGUCUGUUUAGCAGUGCCCAACUCUUUGCAGCCUCAUUCUCUGUGAAAACGGGUUCAACGCCUGAAAUGUACUGCUCACGUUAGGGAUACCUGCUGUUGACUGAUAUAUGACAAAAGGACAUGCUUUCCUGAUGGACUGCCAAAAAGUAUUUGUUUCCUUUCGUUCUUUGUAGAGCAGAAAAGAAAUUUAUUUGUUGAUUCCAGAUGUGCAUGUAUCUAAAUGACAUGUGUGUAUAUGGACAGACACGCCUUGUAUAUACAGUAAGCUCAUUGUGCUGUUAAGGAUAAAGAAAGAUUUAUUUUCAUGUAUGCUACAAAAAAAAAAAUUAAUAAUUACCCCCAAGACACUUCAGCAUCAUAAAUUAACUUCAUGCUUUUGACAUGUAAACAGGCAGAAAGCUGUUAUGUUUCAAGUCUUAUCUUAAACAUUCAAAGGGUUUUUCUUUUAAUCUUUAAACAGUUUUUUGUUUGAUUCUGAGGGAGGAAGGGCAAAUCCAUUCACUUAAACCCCCCAGUCUAAAAUUUUUCCAUAAAGUGUUCCUAAUAUUUUCAGGGCAUGGAUUAAGUAUAGUCUUGAUCAUCAUCCCAGAAAAGUAAAAAACCUGAGUUUUCCCAAACUACUGAUAACGGUCUGUGUUUGAUGAAGAGGUUUCCUUUACACCAUCUGAAGGUAGGGCUGUUUUUAUUCCUUCCCAGUGCUUCCCUAGCACAGGGGCCCAGAUGAUUUGCCUCAUGUCUUUGUCUGUCUCCUGACUGAAUUCGACAAGAUACGCAGCAGGAAACGCGAAGAUGCAUGCAGAUGUUCUGUGCCAGCAAGUGGCACAAACAAGACAUUCUGUGGGUGCGACUGACAAUGCCCUUCCAAGAGGCACAGUAGAGGCUACCAGUGAUGGCAGAGAAGGUUGGUGGUGCCAUUCAACAUCCUAUGUACCCUCUCAUUUCAGGACUGGUCUGUAACUGAGACAGCCCAGAGGACUGGGUUGUCUCAGUAACCUCCCAGGGCUGCCAUACUGCCCAGAAUCUAUUCAGAGCUGCAGCUCUGCCUGUAGCACAUCCCUUAACCUCAGCCUUGUAAGGAGGUGCUCAGAAUGCAACUCCAUAGCUAUUUACUCUUGUGCUUACACCGCAAAAAUUAUCCCCCAGCCAGACAGAGCUUAUGGAGUUCAUUGAUACUGCUCUGAGCUAAAAUGUCUCACCAACAUGCGCUGGGCUUGAAGCAACUUUUGCCUUCCCUUAAGCAUCACGGGCUGGUCCUCAUUCAGGAUGGAGCCCCACAAGGAAACUGAGCUGUAUCUGCCAAUGCCAGGAGAGCAGCAGGAGAAAAAGAGCUCCUUCAGCAUCUCUGCUUGCUCUUCUUCACUGGUGGCUCAGGGGCUAAGGCACAUGGGGUGCAUGGCUAGGGGCCAUUGUUCUGACCCUUCUGAACUAUUUGCCCCAUUUUCACUGGUUUCUCCCCCAGCCCACAAACCUCUGUGGCUGAGAGUGGCCAACCCCCAUUUGACAGCUCCGCACUUGUGUACAUUGUCCUUACUUUGCACCAGGACUCUGGGGCUCGCCAAGACAGCAGCACACACUUGUAAGUAACAGCUAAUUAAAGCACUUUAAUGCUUUAAGUUUUUUAAAUAAUCCUUCAUGUUUUCAAUGUUAACUAAUGCUUUUUCCAGCAGUAUUAUAAGGUAUAUUCCACCCCUGUUAUUAACUGUAUUUUUUUGUAAUGUUAUCUUUGGAAAAUGUGUUAUUUUUAUAGCUGUGGUUUUUGUUUUGUUUUUUUGUAACGCAAUAAAUCCCAAUGUCUGA